AUGUGGUGGGGACUGGAGAGGCCGCCGCACGGCUCGGCUGCUGCUGCUGCUGCUGCUGGUGGUGGUAGUGGUGGUGGAGGUGGUGGUGCUGCUGCCGGUGGCGGCGGCGGUGACGGAGGCGGCGGCAGAGGCCGCCGCACGGCUCGGCUGCUGCUGCUGCUGGUGGUGGUGGUAGUGGUGGUGGAGGUGGUGGUGCUGCUGCCGGUGGCGGCGGCGGUGACGGAGGCGGCGGCAGGUAGAGCCGUCCUCCUCCGCCCCUCCGCACUCCACCCCGAUGUCCCGCGGAGACACCCAGGCGUUGCUUCCAGCUGUCGUCCCCCGUCGGCUUUGCCCGUGGCGGUUGGCAAGAGCCCCUCCAUGCACGCGCUCACCCUCCUCUGGCUGGGCAGCGUUGCGAAGAUUCUCCAGUUGUGCUGCCUCUGUUGCGGCGUCGUGGCGGCAGCGUUACCCGGUGACAGCAGUAGCCUCGGCACCUUCAACCAGGAUUACACCUUUGUCGUUCCAGUCGAGGUGGACUCCAGCGGAUCUUAUCUCUCGCAUGACAUUUUGCACAGCGCGAGGAGAAAGAGAUCCACCCUGAACUCGAAAGCUUCUUUGCACUACAGGUUUUCAGCAUUUGGACAGGAACUGCAUCUCGAGCUGAAGCCUUCCAACUUUCUGAGCCAGAACGUGACUAUCCAGGUGCUUGGGAAAGAUGGCAUUGAAGAUUCUCAGGUUCGUGAUAUUGAACAGUGUUUCUAUCAGGGAUUUAUAAGGAACUACAGUUCUUCUUCCGUUGCCAUAUCCACGUGCACAGGUUUGUCAGGUUUGAUAAGGACACAGGAGAAUGACUUCCUUAUAUCACCAUUACCUCAACAUCUAGCACAGCAACUUCACUAUAUGCCACCUGCUGGACACCACCCUCAUGUAUUGUAUAAACGGACAGCCGAAGAGAAAGUGCACCAGCACAAAGUAGAUCCAAAUCUUUACCACUUUCCCCCUGACCGUCACAGCAAUCUCACUGCCCACAAGUACCACAUUCCAGCUAACAAUUACCGCCAUGGAAGGUUUCAAAAGCAGCAUUUUUGUGGACGGCGCAAGAAAUAUAGUCCUAAGCCACCCACUGAAAAUACAUUCAUCUUAUCUGACGAAUAUGGCAGCCAAGUGAGAUUGAAAAGAUCCCCCAUUAAAAAUCAGAAGGGUGGAAGUUUGAAUGUUGAAACCCUGGUGGUGGCAGAUAGGAAAAUGCUGGAGAAGCACAGCAAGGAGAACAUUACCACCUAUAUCUUAACGGUGAUGAACAUGGUCUCAAGUCUUUUCAAGGACGGUACAAUUGGAAGUGACAUCAAUAUCAUUGUUGUGAGCCUUCUUCUUUUGGAGCAAGAACCUGGGGGACUAGUGAUCAACCAUCAUGCAGACCAGUCACUGAACAGUUUUUGCCAAUGGCAGUCAGCUCUGGUUGGAAAUAAUGGGAAAAGGCAUGACCAUGCUAUCUUGCUUACUGGAUUUGAUAUUUGCUCCUGGAAGAAUGAACCUUGUGACACUUUAGGCUUUGCUCCAAUCAGUGGAAUGUGCAGCAAAUACCGGAGUUGCACCAUCAAUGAAGAUACUGGCCUUGGUUUGGCAUUUACUAUUGCCCAUGAAUCUGGACACAAGUCAGAAUAUUGUCUUGGUCUCUUUUCAGAGGAAGAUCGCUGCAAACUCUACUGUACAGCAGAAGAUUUUGACUUUUUCUUCGCCAUGUCAAACCGAGUAAAGGAUGGGACCCCCUGCUCACUGUAUAAAGAAGAUGUGUGCAUUGAUGGGGUUUGUGAACAAGUGGGUUGUGAUCAUCGUCUUGGAUCCAAAGCUACUUUUGAUGCUUGUGGAGUUUGUAAAGGAGACAAUUCCUCAUGUACAUUCUACUCGGGCCAUUAUUUAACCCAGCAUAAAACUAACAAUUAUUAUCCCAUUGUCACAAUUCCUGCAGGAGCUUAUGGUAUUGAAAUCCAAGAAUUGUUCAUUUCUAGCAGCUACCUUGCAGUUCGCAAUUUGAAAAAGAAAUAUUACCUAACCAAAGACUGGACAGUUGACUGGCCUGGAAAAUUUUACUUUGCUGGAACAAUGUUUGAUUAUCAACGGCCUUUUAGCCAUCCAGAGAAGCUGUCCGCAUCUGGCCCAACUAAUGAGACACUCAUCUUUGAAGUGCUGUUACAAGGGAAAAAUCCUGGCAUUUCGUGGAAGUAUGCCUUAUCUAUGGUGAAUAAUGAGAAUAAGAUAUUCACAAAAAGACAUAGCUACUCAUGGGUGAUGGUGCAAUCAGAUUGCUCAGCGACCUGUGGUGGGGGACAUUUGAUAGCCAAAGCUGUGUGUUUACAGGAUCAUCAAACCCGUGUAAAUUCUUCAUUUUGUGGCCCAAGGACAAAACCUUUAACAGAAACCAUGAUGUGCAAUGCAAAUCCUUGCCCAGCCUAUUGGUCAGCAGGUGAAUGGAGCAUUUGCAGCCAGUCCUGUGGUGGGGGACAGCAAAGCCGUCAUAUCCAGUGUGUCCAGAAAAAGGCUUUUCAUAAGGAAGAGGUUGUGGCUCAUGCUGUCUGUCCAGUUACCACUCCAGCACAAAUACAGGCAUGUAAUAACCAGGACUGUCCACCGGAAUGGAAUCCUGGGCCUUGGUCACAGUGUUCCAAAACCUGUGGACGAGGCAUAAUGAAACGUGAUGUUUCCUGCAAAAGUGUAGGAACAUCCAUCUUAAAAAUCGUGCCAGAGAGUUUGUGCAACAGCGGAACCAAGCCAGAAGUGCAACAGACCUGCGUGUUGGGACGAUGCCCUAAAAAUGAGCGUCUUCAAUGGGUGAUCUCUGCUUGGAGUGAGUGUUCCUCUACCUGUGGGCUGGGCAUUAGGAGGCGAGAAAUGCAAUGCAUUGAGAAAAGUAUUGGUGGCAAAUUGAUCACUUUCCCAUUGCGUCGCUGUCGAAAUCUUAAGAAGCCAAGCAUUGAUUUGGAAGAAGUAUGCCACCAAGGACCAUGUCCUAUGCAUCCUCUGUACAAUAGGAUAUCAGGGUGGUAUUCUUCACCUUGGCAGCAGUGCACAGUGACAUGUGGUGGGGGAGUACAAACACGGAGUGUGCAGUGUCUCCUUCAAGGCCAGCCAGCUACUGGGUGUCUGCUUCAUCAGAAACCUGCAAUGUCACGAGCCUGCAAUACUAAUUUCUGCCUUGCUCCCGAGAAGAAAGAUGAUCCUUCUUGUGUGGACUUCUUUGCUUGGUGCCACCUGGUUCCUCAGCACGGUGUCUGCAAUCAUAAAUUUUAUGGCAAACAGUGCUGCAAAUCAUGCACGUGGAAGAACUGA